CUUCCAGCAACCUCUGCACUUUGGUCAACAAACACUGAGAUUGCACAUUGAGGUCAGACACAUAAAGUUGCUUUCAGUGAGAUGGCAGCUGCUCCUAGCCGAGGUCCAACAUAUAAAGUGGUUCUUCUUGGAGAGCUGGGCGUGGGAAAGACGUCUAUGUUCAGGAGGCUGAAGGACAAUUCCUUUGAUGAGUACCAGACUGCCACCACUGGCAUUGAUAGCUGCUCAAAGGUCGUCAAGUGUGAUGGACAAACUAUUAUGCUGAGCAUAUGGGACACAGCCGGAGUGGAGAGGUUCAGAACGCUAACCAGGAACUACUACCGGAAUGCUCAUGCCGCAGUUUUUGUGUACAGUGUCUCAGACGCCUCAUCGCUACACUACCUGGCACAGUGGAUCAAAGACGCUCAAAACUUUGCCCCUAAUGCCACUCGAAUGUUAAUUGGAAAUAAAAUAGAUGUUGAACCUCCGGAGAUAGACUCGACGACAGCUGCUUCAUUUGCGCAAGCUCACGAGUUCGAACUGAGUUUCACUGUAUCUUGCAAAACUAAUCGAGGAAUAGCUGAUGCUUUUGAAGCGCUUGCCAAGACCUUGCACUCUGCACCCAAGGGUUCGGACGAUCCCUCGCAACGAACCAAGUCUGUGAUAUAUGGAGAUCAAUUGAACCCUGGAAAUCCAACUGAGACUGUUAACGAGGGCGGGGGUUGUAGGUGCUGACUGUACACGUGUUUAUAUAAGUAUGCACUUUGUGAAAUGUUGAUUUAGUUGCUUUGUAUAUGCAUACAGGUCUGAACAUGCAUGUACUUCUAUAUUCUUUUUGUAAAAAUGAACGAUGGGCAUGACUGUUUUUGUUGUUGUAUAUAAUUUACAAAGCCAUG